UACUGCGCAUGCGCAGUGCUGUAACUUCCGUAUCCGGCAUCAGUACGGCGAGUGCUGCUUAUAACAAAGUGGUUUCUGCAACUUGUUUAAAAGUUUGUCUUUAAUAUGUCGUCAGAGAAGAAGCCUCCGGUGGAUUUGGGACUUUUGGAGGAAGACGAUGAGUUUGAAGAGUUCCCAGCCGAAGACUGGACAGGCUUAGAAGAGGAUGAAGACGCACACGUAUGGGAAGAUAACUGGGAUGACGACAAUGUGGAAGAUGACUUUUCCAAUCAGUUAAGGGCAGAAUUAGAAAAACAUGGAUACAAAAUGGAGACGUCAUAGCCCUGCACCCUGAAGCAUGACAAGCCUGUUCUUUAUUAAAAUAUCUUUCUAUUGGUUA